AUAAACCCUUGUGAUAAGGCUCUUCCCGGAACCCCAUGCAUAGCGGGAGCUUUAGUGCAUCGAGCAUCCCUUUAUUCAGAUUUGUAUUCAAGGUUAUAGUACCAGACCCCUAAUAUGUCUAAAUAUUUUUUUCUUAUAUCUAUUUGUCUAUUUAGGAAAUAAAUGUUUAACAUAGAAUAACAAUUAUUGGUCCUGAAAGUAACUCCUUUGUAUUUAUGUUGAGAGACCUGAUUUCACCAAUAAAACAAACUAUCCAUUCACCAAUCUGAAAAAUAGCUAAACCAACAAUCCUUAACCAUAUAUAUAUAUAUGUAUUCAGGCCUAUUUCUACUGUACUUUUUCUCUUAACAAACUUCAAAAAAAAAUAAAAACAAUUAUCAAUUGGAAUGUCAACAAAAGACAUAAAAGCAAUAGAAGAAGGAAAUGGUCCAGGUUAUACACAACAUGCUAAUGAAGAAGAUUCAGGCCUUUGCACUUCACCUAAUGUUGUCAUUAUCAUUCAAAAGGUGAUAGCGGAGGCGAUUGGUACGUACUUCUUGAUAUUUGUAGGAUGUGGUGCAGUAGCAGUGAAUAAAACAUAUGGUUCAGUAACAUUUCCAGGAAUAUGUGUAGCAUGGGGUUUAAUUGUUAUGGUGAUGGUUUAUUCUGUUGGUCACAUUUCUGGUGCACAUUUCAAUCCUGCUGUUACUAUUGCCUUUGCCAUUUUUAGGCAUUUCCCCUUUAAACAGGUACCAUUAUACAUAAUAGCACAACUGAUUGGGUCAAUUCUUGGAAGUGGAACUUUGUAUCUGUUGUUUGAUUUGAAAACACAGGCAUUUUUUGGAACAACACCAGUUGGAUCAAAUGUUCAAUCUUUGAUUCUUGAAUUCAUCAUUUCUUACCUACUGAUGUUUGUCAUUUCUGGUGUUGCCACUGACAAUAGAUCAAUUGGAGAGCUUGCAGGAAUUGCUAUUGGAAUGACAAUACUCCUAAAUGUUCUAAUUGCAGGGCCAGUAUCAGGAGCAUCAAUGAAUCCAGCAAGGAGUAUUGGGCCAGCAAUAGUGAUGCAUCAAUAUAGUGGGCUUUGGGUUUACAUAGUUGGGCCUAUAUUGGGUACUAUAGCUGGUGCUUUCACUUAUAACCUUAUUAGAUUUACAGAAAAACCACUUAGAGAACUCACUAAAAGUUCAACAUUCCUCAAAAGUAUGUCAAGAAGCCAUGCUUAAUUAAAAAUUUGGUUAAUUAAUUAGUUUUUUUUUUCUCUGAGCCCAGUGGCUUAACAUAAAAUAAAGCCACUAGUGGCUUGAUAAGAAAAAUAAAAUUUAUCACUUUAGUAAAUUCAGUGAAGUAGUGACAAUUUUGAAGUGUUAUUAUUAUGCGAAGUUGUUUUUUUGUAUAGUCGUCUGCCACUGAAAUAGUACUAAAUUCUCUUUUGUGCA